CUCGCGAGGUUUCCACCGCCCCCCUCCUCGCUCCACGUCAGAGGGAACCGGGCGGAGCGGCCAACAUGGCGGAACGCAGGCGACACAAGAAGCGGAUCCAGGAAGUUGGUGAGCCAUCUAAAGAAGAGAAGGCUGUAGCCAAAUAUCUUCGAUUCAACUGUCCAACAAAGUCCACCAAUAUGAUGGGACACCGCGUUGAUUAUUUUAUUGCUUCAAAAGCAGUGGAUUGCCUUUUGGAUUCAAAGUGGGCAAAGGCCAAGAAAGGAGAGGAAGCUUUAUUUACAACCAGGGAGUCUGUGGUUGACUACUGCAACAGGCUAUUAAAGAAACAAUUUUUCCACCGGGCAUUAAAAGUAAUGAAAAUGAAGUAUGAUAAAGACAUAAAGAAAGAAAAAGAUAAAGGAAAAACUGAAAGUGGAAAAGAAGAAGAUAAAAAGAGCAAGAAAGAAAAUAUAAAAGAUGAAAAGACAAAAAAGGAAAAAGAGAAAAAAAAAGACGGUGAAAAAGAAGAGUCCAAAAAGGAGGAAACUCCAGGAACUCCCAAAAAGAAGGAAACUAAAAAAAAAUUCAAACUUGAGCCACAUGAUGACCAAGUGUUUCUGGAUGGAAAUGAGGUGUAUGUGUGGAUCUAUGACCCAGUUCACUUUAAAACAUUUGUCAUGGGAUUAAUUCUUGUGAUCGCAGUGAUAGCGGCCACCCUCUUCCCUCUUUGGCCAGCCGAAAUGAGAGUAGGUGUUUAUUACCUCAGUGUGGGCGCAGGCUGUUUUGUUGCCAGCAUUCUUCUCCUUGCUGUUGCUCGUUGCAUUCUGUUUCUCAUAAUUUGGCUUAUAACUGGAGGAAGACACCACUUUUGGUUCUUGCCAAAUCUGACUGCUGACGUGGGCUUCAUUGACUCCUUCAGGCCUCUGUACACACAUGAAUAUAAAGGACCAAAAGCAGACUUAAAGAAAGAUGAGAAAUCUGAAACCAAAAAGCAGCAGAAGUCUGACAGUGAGGAAAAGUCAGACAGUGAGAAAAAAGAAGAGGAGGAGGGAAAAGUAGGACCAGGGAAUCACGGACCAGAAGGCUCCGCGGGGGAACGGCAUUCAGACACAGACAGUGACAGGCGGGAAGACGACCGCUCCCAGCACAGUAGUGGAAAUGGGAAUGAUUUUGAAAUGAUCACAAAGGAAGAACUGGAACAGCAAACAGAUGGGGAUUGUGAAGAAGAGGAGGAGGAAGAUGAUGAAGAAGAAACACCUAAGUCUUCACAUGAAAAAUCAUAAUCUCACUAAUUUGGGGACUGAAUAAGUGCAAGAAGUUGGAUUUUCUAUGUUGGCUGAUCAUUAUAAUGUACACAUGGCAUUUGUAGCAUUCUUUAAAUCCAUUUCUAAAAUGUAUUUGACAUCUAAGCAGUUAUAUUCAGUCCUUUGUUUUACAAAAUUUUGGUACAGUCUAAAGCCAUUAAUAAGUUAUCCAUUUGAUAAUUUUACAGUAAAUAGAUCUCAUGCAUUUUGAUAGUUAUCAAAGAUGUACUUUACAUAAUGACAUUUAGAUUAAGGGCAUUUUUUGAUAGUUGUAUGGCUUUUUACUGUUAGACUAAUCAAGAUAACUUUAAAAGAAAUAAAGAAACUCCAGCAUUUCAGAUUUUGCAUAGUUAUGUAGCCAUUUCAGUUUCUUAAAGAUGAAAUGCUUAAACUCAUUGUUCUUAAUUGUUAAUUAAGCUUUUAUUUUUCAUUAUAAAAUAAUACCAGGAAAUUUCCUUUUAUGAUUCCAAGUUAGCAGGGUUUAAAAGCAUUUUGUGCAAACAAGCCAACUAGUAACAAUACAGCGACACUUUUAGUUUAUCUACAAAUUCUCCUUUUCCAACGUAGGAAAUCCAAACUGAUUUGUACAUCCGAUUCCAAGGAAGGUGUUCAUCUCCAGCAGAAGCAGCGAACAGCAUUGGUUGGAACGUGUUGACUCUUGUUCCUUCCCUAUCUCCUGUCGUAACGUAAAGUGUAUUCUGUACAUAAUUUACAAAGAAAACAAACAUUUUAUUUUAAUUGUUGCUUAUUAUUUAGACAUUUCUCAACACUUAAAUUUGUAAAAUUAAGUCCAUGUAAGGGUAUGUUUUUAGAAAUGGAAGUUUCGAUAACCCACAGAACAUCCGCGAUCUUUCUACAGCAGCUUCAGUUUUGUGCCAACAUUCCAUGUAUUUGAAUAUGAGUAAAAACUGAUCCUUAUUAAAUAAGAGCAGACUUAAAGUAGCUGUUUGUAUGCCUUAAUGUCUAUUUUGAUUUAUUUUAAAUCUUUACAUUCAGAAAUGGGUACUGUAUUAUCAGACCAGAAGGCACUGCUGUGAAAGAUAAUUUACUGUUCUAAAAUAUCAAUUUAAAAUAAAGAAUAUAAAAGAAAAAAAUAAGAGAACCAUUGCACUCUAAUUGCUUUAAACUAGUUUUACAGCUUGAUUUUAUGCCUCAUUUCUGUUAUAAGUCUUAGAAAAAUUUUGUUUAAUUAUAAUCAUAAUCAUUCCUUAAAGUUACACUCUUAAAAACUGGUAAUGAAUAUAAAAUGAGUUUCCUUCUGUCACAGAGCAUUUUGCUUUGUAGUUGGAGGAAGUCAUGUAUGUAGCUCUUUAUUUUCCUUUGGCCUGUUCUCAUCUAACUUAACCAAUGAUGUUAAGUUUUCCUAAUUUUGCAAGAGAAUACAUUUUCUGUAUAUUAACACACUUCAUUAAACAUAACUUGAUUGCUGCUUUAUAAUAUUCCCGUAAAUAUGCAGAAAUGUGACUGUUUGAUAUUAAUGCAACUCCAUCAAAGCUGCAAUCAUUUGAAGAGUUCUCUCUUAGCAAAUAUUCAUUAAUUUUAGUGCCUGGGUAUUUUCCUAUCACAUUUGCAGAACUUUUUUAUUUUCACAGAAAGGACGUCUGUAAUCACCAGAAACAUUAAUAUUUAUUUUUGUGUAUGAAACUGAUACCAGAACUGUAUUCAAGAAAUAAAAAAGACUGUUAACCAUUACUACUGUGAUAAUACCCAGGCACUUAAAAUGUAUCCUGAAAUACUUUAUAAUAUAUGUACUGUUUCUAGUCUUAAAGACAUUUGGAGCAUGGUGGACAAGAAAGUCACCUUACUGGUUUAUAGAGUCUUACAGAAUAUUAGUACAAAUUUUUAGAAAUAGCAGAUAAGGGAAAUAGUGGGCGGGGGGAAUAUUAAGAUUGAAAAGUAAGUUAGAAGUUUCUGCUUAAUAUCUGUUUUACUAUUUAAGGUUAUAUAAUUUAAACCAAUAUAAAAGUCAAAAGGCUGACUCUAUUAGAAUCCUCAGAAGGAUAGAUGGCUCUGUUGAUUAACAUUAAAUACCCUUAUGCCAAAGCCUGGAGAAUUGUUUACAGUAAUCAAUUGAAUGGUGACUUUUUUUUUUAAGAGUUUCAGAUUUGCUAUGCUACUGUAAGUGAGCAGUUAAAAAAAAUUGGACCACUUAAGCAGGACUGAAUUAAUCAGAGGCUAAUAAAUCCAAGUGGCAAGAAUAA